GCUUGACUUGUUAUAUAUAUCUAUUAUUAAUUAAGGAGAUAUAUUAUUAGGAUAUAUUAUUUUGUCUUUUGAAUAGUAGAAGAAUAUUGUAAAUCAACAAUCAAUCUGCUAUUAAGCAGUUAAUUCUUUUGACAUGUUCGCUUUAAAAGAUCGUUUCAUCAAACCACUGCGAAGAUUUAAUUCAUCGUCGGCUGCAGCUGAGUUUUUUAAUAGGAACCCUCGAAAUUUAGAAAGAAUGCGUAUUGGACGAAAACCUGAUGGAUAUCAUUUAGAAAAACCUGGUAGAAAAUUCUGGCACAAACUUGAAAUAAAAGGUUCUAAUCGAACAAUAACAGCACAAGUAGUGCACUAUAUUAAUGGUCCAGUGGUUGAAGCUAAAACUUCAGAAUGGGCCCUCAGAAAGCAAUUAUACAGUAUGGUAGACACAUGUGCAUAUAUGAACUUGGGGAGAGUACUUGCACAGCGAUGCCUUGAGUGUGGAAUAUCAGAAAUGUAUUGUGACCUGAAACCUCAAGAUGAGAGUAAAAUUGGAAAAUUUCUGAAAGAAUUUGAAAAUGGAGGGAUUAAUUUGUUUGAGUUAGAUGUAUAUAAGAAUCCUCAACCAUGGGAUCAAUUUAGGCCAGAAAAGCCAUGGGAAGUAAUAGAAGAAUAAUAACAAUGAGUUUUAUGUUACAGGAUAGAAAUUAGCAAUACAUAUUUAUUUGUUUAAUAAUCAGUUUUAAUGUACUAAAACCUAUAUAACAUAUUUGAGUAAUUAAUGCCAGACUCAAAUAGGUAAAAUAUAAGCCCGUUAUAUUUUACAGUUGAAAAAGGACUUAGUAUGAAAUGUACUUUAAAGCUUUUGUAAAAUUAAACAUUAGUUUAUGGAUAUUCCGAGCUAUCUGACUAUUAAUUUCAUAUACAGCUGGUUUGUCUUAGAACCUCCUUAUUUAUUUAUAGGAAGGUAAAAAUAUUGAAAAAAAGGGGGUUAGUAUAUUCAAUUAUAAUAAAAUGCAUUAGCAAAAAUCUAAAGUAUUGCUAAAUUAAUUUAAAACAAUUUUUACACUGGAUAUAUUUAUACUAAAAUAUGACAGACAUUAUCAAUUUUCUAUCUGGAUUUCGUAACUAAUCACAGGUAUGUCAUAUGUGUCUAGUUUCUUGUUUGUAUGUCGCAGUCAAGUAGUUAAAUCAGAGAGUUAAUUGAAUCUCUAGACAGUUAUUAAAAUAUUGAUAUUCAAUCAAUCUAGGCAACAAGACUAGCCUAUCCUAACCUAACCAUUUAUCAGGAAACAAAACACGGAAUUUCUAUGCUCUUAGUUCUUCGCGAUCAUACCUAAAUAACAACAAAUGUUUACAAUUUCACCAAAGACCACAAUUUGAAACAAAAAGCUGUUGUUGUGACCGCCAUCUUGUUUUACAUUAUUAAUCAACAUGCUGGCUUUCGGCCAGACAGAUUGUUAAACAUUUUCGACGCUGCUGUAUUAAAAUCAAAAUGCUAGCGACUUCAUUGAAUAUCGAUAUUUAAUUAAAUUUCUAAAGAUUUAUUUAACUCUGAUUUUUUUUACUUUACGGCGAUAUGUAUAUUGGCAAAACCAACACAACAUUAUAACAUUUGUUCUAUGAAGAACAAAAUGAUUGAAAAUAUAAUUCUGAUUUAAACAUGGCUUUGCAAAUUUUUACAUAACAAAAGCCAAGCAGUCUGUAUAAUGUAAGUCAAAAUUAAAAUUCGUUUAUUCAGUUUGGAUGCGUCUUAGGGCAUGCUUAUGAAUGCCAAAAACGUUUGCAAAAUUCGCGAAAGAGCAAAGCAAACUGGCCAGUACUGUUGUAAUUUCAUGCAAUCGUCAUCAACGAGAAACCAGCAAGGCAUCUUGUACCUAUAUACCUUUUUUUUGUAAGAGUUAUUUUAAAUUAUAGUUGUUUAUUAAGAACCAUCUCUGUCAUAACUAAAUAAAAUAAACGUAUUAUAAAGUCGC